CGCCGGACCCCGGACCCAGCGCGCCCGCACCAUGGCCGGCCCCAGCCUCGCCUGCUGCCUGCUCGGCCUCCUGGCGCUGACCUCCGCCUGCUAUAUCCAGAACUGCCCCCUGGGCGGCAAGCGGGCCGUGCUGGACCUCGACGUACGCAAGUGUCUCCCCUGCGGCCCCGGGGGCAAAGGCCGCUGCUUCGGGCCCAGCAUCUGCUGCGGGGACGAGCUGGGCUGCCUCGUGGGCACGGCCGAGGCGCUGCGCUGCCAGGAGGAGAACUACCUGCCGUCGCCCUGCCAGUCGGGCCAGAAGCCGUGCGGGAGCGGGGGCCGCUGCGCCGCCGCCGGCAUCUGCUGCAGCCCGGAUGGCUGCCGCGGCGACCCCGCCUGCGACCCCGAGGCCGCCUUCUCCCAGCUCUGAGACCCGCCGGCCCCCGACACCGUCGGAGCGCAGCCCUCGCUCCCUCCGUAGCCACCCCCAGGAAUUAUGACUAUUAAAUAAAGCAGAUUUUUUCCCC